AUGGAUGUUGGCAGCUACUCCUGCUCUGUUAGCAGCCAUGAAGAAAUCCGCUCUAAUGCAUUGUGUGUGUUGGAUGAAAACUGUUGGAGUGUGACCUAUACAGACAGAAGAGUGUGUGUUUUGGAGGGUUCUUCAGUGGAUUUUUCCUGUACUUACUCACUUCCCCAAAGUUAUACAGUUAAUGAAAAUUUCUGGCAUUACAACUGGUUUAAGGAGAAGCCAAAGGAUCUGCGUCAGGAAGAGCAGUUUGCUGGUCGAGUGGAGUACAUUGGAGAUAAAGAGAGAAAAAGCACUUUGAGAAUAAGAGAUGUGAGAAAGAAUGACUCUGGAGAUUAUUACUUUCGAGUCAUCACUCAAACUGAAGGAGGGAAAUUCUCUGGGAAACCCGGAGUCAUUCUAAAUGUUACAGCUCUGCAGGUGAGCGUGAUUCCCAGUACAGCAUCAGAUGAACUGACAGUAACACUGGUCUGCAGCAGUACCUGCACUCUGCCUAACAACCCUACUUACAUUUGGUACAAGAACAGACAGCCUGUAACUAACAAACUCACCAGAGACAACAAGCUGUACCUGAAGUGCAGUGAAGAUGCAGGAAACUACUCCUGUGCUGUGAGAGGACAUGAGGAGCUCCACUCUCCUGAUCAAACACUCAGUGACUGUGGUGGAGGACCAAAGGAGAGCUCAGUGCUGAUCACAGUGGGAGUGGUGGUCUUUCUGCUUAUAAUACUCAUCACAGCAGCUGCUCUGUGGGUGUGGACGAGAAAGUCUAAAGGUGGCAGGAGCUCAGGAGAGAGUGGACAGCAUGACUCUGCUCAUGUUUAUGACAACCCCUCAGCCAUGGACAUGAGAUCUGACCCCACGAGCAGAGUGUCAGAUAAUCAAGAUGACGUUCACUACUCCAGCGUUCAGUUCAAACCCUCUCACUCACAGGAAAAGCGUCCAUCCUCCAGACACCUUGAAGAAACCAUGAAAGAGCCGGAUGUUGAGUAUGCAGCUGUGAAUUUCAGCAGACACACUGCUGCCAAAAAGCCUCUAGAUGCAGGAGCAGCUGAUGACCCAUCUCAGAUAUACAGCCAGAUCCAAAAACACAAUUCCCCAACCUGA